AUGGGCUCCGUGGGAAGCCAGCGUCUCAAGGAGCCCAGUGUGGCAGCCACGCCUGACAGGAGUGUGGUGACAAGUUUCAGCUUUGACAGUUUCCAGCUGGAGGCCACCACCAUGGAGGCCGCUCAGGAUGAGGGUGUCAGGGUCAGAAGUGUCCCCACUUUCAUGGAUGCUGCGGUGGAAGAGCCAGUGCCGGAUGACCGUUACCAUGCCAUCUACUUCGCGAUGCUGCUAGCCGGUGUGGGCUUCCUCCUGCCGUACAACAGCUUCAUCACCGACGUGGACUACCUGCAUCACAAGUACCCAGGGACCUCCAUCGUGUUCGACAUGAGCCUUACCUACAUCCUGGUGGCACUGGCAGCCGUGCUUCUGAACAACGUGCUGGUGGAGAGACUGAGCUUGCAUACCAGGAUCACCGCAGGCUACCUCCUGGCCCUGGGGCCCCUGCUGUUCAUCAGCGUCUGUGAUGUGUGGUUGCAGCUCUUCUCCCACGACCAGGCUUACGCCAUCAACCUGGCCGCCGUGGGCACUGUGGCCUUCGGCUGCACAGUGCAGCAAUCCAGCUUCUAUGGGUACACGGGAAUGCUGCCCAAGAGAUACACGCAGGGCGUGAUGACCGGGGAGAGCACGGCGGGGGUGAUGAUCUCCCUGAGCCGCAUCCUCACCAAGCUGCUGCUGCCGGACGAGCGCGCCAGCACGCUCAUCUUCUUCCUGGUGUCCGUGGGCCUGGAGCUGCUGUGCUUCCUGUUGCACCUGCUGGUGCGGCGCAGCCGCUUUGUGCUCUACUACACCACGCGGCCGCGCGACAGCCGCCGGGGCCCGGCCGGUUACCGCGUGCACCACGACGUCGCCGCCGGGGACGUCCACUUCGAGCACCAAGGCCCUGUCCUGGCCAGCAGUGGGUCCCCGAAGGACAGUCCGGCCCAUGAGCCCGCGGGCGGGGGGGCCUAUAUGCGCUUUGACGUGCCUCGGCCCCGAGCCGAGAGGAGCUGGCCCACCUUCAGAGCCCUGAUGCUUCACCGCUAUGUGGUGGCACGGGUCAUCUGGGCCGACAUGCUGUCCAUCGCGGUGACGUAUUUCAUCACGCUGUGCCUGUUCCCCGGCCUGGAGUCUGAGAUCCGCCACUGUGUGCUGGGCGAGUGGCUGCCCAUCCUGGUCAUGGCCGUGUUCAACCUCUCGGACUUCGUGGGCAAGAUCCUGGCGGCCCUGCCCGUGGACUGGCGGGGCACGCACCUGCUGGCCUGCUCCUGUCUGCGCGUGGUCUUCAUCCCCCUCUUCAUCCUGUGCGUGUACCCGAGCGGCACGCCCGCACUGCGCCACCCCGCCUGGCCCUGCGUCUUCUCCCUCCUCAUGGGGAUCAGCAAUGGCUACUUCGGCAGCGUGCCCAUGAUCCUGGCGGCUGGCAAAGUGAGCCCCAAGCAGCGGGAGCUGGCAGGGAACACCAUGACCGUGUCGUACAUGUCGGGGCUGACGCUGGGCUCCGCUGUGGCUUACUGCACCUACAGUCUCACCCGCGAGGCGCACAGCAGCUGCUUUCACACGGCCACCACCAACAGCUCUGUCCCCGCCGGCCCCUGA